AUGCCACCGAUACCCUCCAUCCAGAAGCGCCACCAGCACCACACAGCCCACUCGCCAUAUGAGUGGAAGGAGAGGAGGGAGUUCUCCCAUAACUGGAAGGCCAAGUUCCACGGCAAUGCCCAGGUCAUCACCACCGAUCUCGCCUGGACCAGCCUCAUCACGCCAUCCAACCCCAGGGUCACCACUACACUAGAGGAGGGCCUCGAGCUCAGCAAGCACCUCACGCUGCUCCAGGGCAUCUGUCAUACUGACAUUCGUUGCACUCAGUUUGCUAUCAAACUCAAGAGCAAACUUAGAAAUCUCCUCCUCAAACCUACAAGUCACCAUACAUAUCUUGGCUUAUCACACCAACAACAGAAGCAAUACUACUCAACGAUUGCUGCAAACUCUUCUACUACAUCUGUUUAUGCUACAUACAUCACGGCAUAUCAUUUGAACACUCAUUGA